AGACCGGAAAAAAAAAAGGAGGAAGAAGAAUAAACGCAGCGUGUGUACUUUAAAGUGUAACAGGUGGUGAGAAAUUGCAGGUUGAAGCAGAGAUGGAAAACCUUCCAAAUUCAAAGCUGAACGGCGAAGAGAAGAAGAAGGAAGCAGAAGAAAGAGAAGAUGAAGAAAGCUUCUCGCGUGCCAUGCAGCUUGUGAGCUCCGUNGUGCUACCGAUGGCAGUGCAAUCGGCGACGGAGCUGGGUGUGUUUGAGGUGCUGAAAGAAGCGGGUGAAGGUGCUAAGCUCUCUGCAAAGGACAUAGCNUCCAAGAUUUCCUGCACCAACCCAGAAGCAGCCUCAAUGCUAGAUCGUCUCCUCNCUCUUCUUUCCUCUCACUCCAUUCUUCACUCUUCCCUCGUUUCCGACAACCUUGUCCCUCCCACCUUUCACAGGCUCUACUCCAUCACUCCCCUCGCCACAUUCUUUGCUCGCAAUUCUGAUGGGGUUUCAUUGGGACCCUUGAUGGCCUUGCUCCAAGACAAAAUCUUCCUACACAGCUGGACUGAGCUGAAAGAUGCAAUUCGGGAGGGCGGUAUUCCAUUCAACAGGGCGUAUGGCACCCAUGCUUUUGAGUAUCCAAGGUUGGACUCAAGGUUCAAUAAUGUUUUCAACACAGCAAUGAUUAAUCACACGACUUUGGUGAUGAAGAGGGUUCUGGAAUCCUACAAAGGUUUUGAGGGCAUAAAAAGGCUGGUGGAUGUUGGUGGUGGUCUUGGGAUCAACAUUAGCUUGAUCACUUCAAAAUACCCUCAUAUCCAUGGCAUCAAUUUCGACCUGCCUCACGUCAUUCAAGAUGCUCCUUCAUAUCCUGGAGUGGAACACGUUGGGGGAGAUAUGUUUGAAAAUGUGCCUAAAGGAGACGCCACAUUUAUGAAGUGGAUACUUCAUGAUUGGAGUGAUGAACAGUGUGUGAAACUGUUGAAGAACUGCUAUGAUGCAAUUCCUGAUGAUGGAAAGGUGAUAGUAGUGGAAGCAGUUCUUCCAAAAACACCAGAGACAAAUGAUGCUUAUAAGGCAGUUUCACAAAUGGAUGUUUUGAUGAUGACUCAAAACCCGGGAGGGAAAGAGCGAUGUGAACAAGAGUUCAUGGAUUUGGCAACUGCAGCUGGAUUUAGUGGCAUCAGAUAUGAAUGUCAUGUCAACCUUUUCUGGGUUAUGGAGUUCUUCAAGUAGAUCACACCAUAUGCUAUGCUAUAUGCCUCUGCUUCCUCUGCUUCCUCUGCUCUACUUCUAAUUGUCCAUUUUUGCGUUGCAUGUUUGGUUUUAUGCAUUUUAAAUUAACGGAACAAAGCUCAUGUUGUGUAACAUAUUAUAUUAUAUGCAAAUUUCAAAUUACUUUUAGUUUUGGAAA